GCGAAAGUUGGCAGUUACGGUUUAGAACCGUCGACAGCAUGGACGUCGUCAUGCCAGGAUGAAGGGAUAAACACGGACAUGACCAACUCCAUGUCCUUACCUUAGACUUUCGUGACGUGUGAGUGUAUUUGUGCUUGCGAGGAGGUAUUUUUGGAAACUUUUAUCUCAAAGGCUCUGUCCGGCUCCCUGAAGCAGGGCAUCCAAUGCUCAGGAGACUACAAGACUUCAUCCUGCGGUGGCAUAAGACGUGUGAAGUCGCCGCAAGGGGGCCGCAUGCACUUUUCUAAGCGCGGGCUCCUCGUUGUGCUGGUGGUGUCGGCAAAGUGCGCCUCCUGGAGAAUCUUCUUCUGCAUGGUGAUUGUUCUGCGCUUCCACAGGACGUCCUGAGGGAUUUCUCUGCACUUACGCCCCUUUGUUGGUGGAGCAGCUGUGAAGAAGAGGCUCAUUCAAGAGCGAGAGAAAGAAGUCCACCAAGAGAACCGGAAAUUCUGUCGGAAACCGGAAAUGUGACUUGAAGAGUGCACCCAUUGAUCACUAUAAAUCGAAACCGAAGAAGUGGAAUAUUAGUGGCACGCUCCCGGAAAAAGUCUUGGCAGCUUAAGAGCUGUUUACCUUCGUGACUUUGCUGGUUCGUGUUUUACUCAAUGUUUUUCGGUGUGUCCGUGGAGUAAAUGUGCUCGUACGUCGCGGCAAGAUAUUAAUGUGUACAUGAAAUAUCACCAUAAGACGGCAACGCAUUUGCCCGUACAUAACGCGGAAUAGUGUAACAUAAUAUUCAGCUACUCCCGUUGAGAUCUUGCUCACUCGUUAUUUAUAUUAACUGUAUCCAUAUUUGCGAAUUUUUCGAACGUACUCUUGGACCACUCAAGAGGUACCUCAAAGACGUUACCAGUGCAUGAAUAUGCUAACAACCAAACACCUUACAAUAUAACUGCCACACCCUACAGGAUUACUGUCAUCUCGCAGGAACACACUCGUGUCACAAUUUUAUCAUCUAUAUUACUCAGGGUGAAUAUAUAUAUAUAUAUAUAUAUUUUUUUUUUUUUUUCAUAAAAGCACUUGAAACACAAACAGGGUUACGUACAGUAAUGAUGUCGGAUGUGUCAAUCCUGGAAUAUGGCACACCUGUUGCUACACAUGCCGACCCUGCACACUGAACGGCUCUCAUGAUCGAUUUACUGCUGCCAGUUGGGCUCUACAGUUGCAGUUCGGGAGUCAAGGCCACUGAACUUUACGUUUCAUCAGACGUUCAUCUCCGCGCUUUGCGACUUUCGUAUUUGACGUAGCGUUAUGCGACCGGCGAACAGUCGUAUAGUCACGAACGGAACGUCGAGGUGAUGUGAAAACAUAGUGUGUGUGUGUGAGAGAGAAUUCAGCGCUCAGCAGAGCAGUGCCAUGGAUUUAGGAUUGGGAAACGUGACGGUUCGUGAAUACCUGGAACUGCAUCUGGGACCUCAGCACAUUCUGCUUCCCAUUGUGAUUCCUCUCACUGUCAUCUACGUCAUCAUCUUCGUCACGGGAGUCAUAGGCAACGUCACCGUGUGUCUGGUGAUUGCGCGGAACUCCCAUUUUCAGACGCCGACCAAUUACUACCUCUUCUCGUUGGCUAUCUCGGACCUGCUCAUCCUCGUCUUCGGACUGCCUAACGACCUGAAGCUCUACUGGCAGCAGUACCCCUGGGUGCUGGGCGAGCCGCUGUGCAAGCUGCGAGCCCUCAUCGCCGAAGCCACGUCGUACGCCUCCGUACUCACUAUCGUGGCCUUCACAGCUGAACGUUACGUGGCCAUUCGCUAUCCCCUCUUCCUUCAGACCAGACCUUCGAGCCUCUCCCGUGCCAUGAAGAUCCUGGCCGUCGCCUGGAUCGCUGCCAUCGCUAGUGCUCUGCCCUUCGCUCUCUACACCAGGGUGAACUUCGUCGACUACCCUCAGGGAUCGGGACGGACAGUGCCAGAGUCCGCGUUCUGUUCUCUGCCGAUGGACAGUCACGAUGUCAGCCGACCCCUGUUACAGUUUUCGACGUUCGCCUUCUUCUGUCUUCCCAUGACCAUUAUCGUAGUGCUGUACCUGAGGAUAGGCCUGGGGCUCCGAGAGUCCCGAGUGGCUGCGGGAAAACAUGGACCGCCGCAGGGUGACGACAGACGGCAGGGCGUCAGACGGUCGAUCCAUAGGAUGCUUGUGGCCGUUGUCAUCGCCUUCUUUCUGUGCUGGGCACCUUUCCACACACAAAGGCUGUUGGCCGUGUAUGUGAGUCCCGCCAGCUGGACUACGGGACUGCGCACGCUCAACGAAAUCCUUUACUACACAGGCGGUUGCCUGUACUACUUCAGUGCCACGAUCAAUCCUAUUCUCUACUCCCUGAUGUCGGUCAAGUACCGUGAAGCUUUCAGGGAAGCCCUCUGCUCUUUCAGCAAACAGAAACGCGUCCCCGAAUUCGAUCCUGGAACUCGCCGAUUCACGGGUCGCCCCGUCACUUCCUUCUUCGACGCGAUACCCAUCACCCCUACCCCUACACCCCUGCAGGCGAGUCCCGUCCUGGGUCCCUACACUCUCGCCUCUCAAGAAGCCCCCGUCAAAGACUCCAUAAGCCAACUGUCACCCAAGAGAAAGUUCGCUUCACUCAUCUACGCUGUGAUCGGCUUCAGUGCUGCAACAAAGCGAGACAACGCCGCUGACAUCAAGAACGGUGACGUGGUGAUCGACAUCUCGGCUGUGCAGUGUCCGUGCGAGAACGGUUUGUGUAACGGCGUAGUGAGGAUGGUAAAUGGUGUGACAGAUGGCGAUGAUGUGACACCCACGAAAGGUGAAACAAUGGUGUGAAGUCGUCGAGGUGUCUUUUUGUUUUUAUCCGUCCCCUGUGCGUGCGAAUGCUCCCGAAUUACUGCUACGUGUAAAUAGUGAGAUUUAUUUAUUGUCUUUUCAAAGUUUACGUGUAUGUAUAUAUCCAUCAUUCGAUAUUAUCUAUUAAAGGUUGUGCUGUACAAUGA